GCAAGGAGAAAGCAGACGACUGCGAUGGCACCGCCUCCCCCUCCGGCCCCGCCACCUCCCCCACUGGGGGAUUUGGAUGAGUUUUUGUCAAAUGGCUUUGAUGGACAACCUCAAAAUGAAGGGGCUGUCGCCCUCCCGUCUUUCGGUGCAGGUGACACCAAUGGCCCCAUGGACACAGCGCCCCCGGCACCCCCAGAGAAGGAGCCCCAGGUAUGGGAGAAACCCUUGAGCAUCCAUGACAUCCGAAAGAGCAGCAACAACUGGUCACUGGCCUCAGAUGCUGGGCUGUUGCUAUAUUUGCAAGAGUUCUCCCACAAGAUGCUGACCAAGACCAGCGAGUUGGAGAAGAAGGUGGAUGGUCUGGUGCACGAGACCAAGUGCACGGACUCCCGCGUGCACAAUGUCUUCAAUGACUUCCUCAUGCUGGCCAAUACGCAGUUCAUUGAAAACCGAGUGUAUGAUGAUUCAGAGGAGACAGACCAGAAACCAGAUGCGGCAAGCAAGAAAGAAGACCAGACCAAGACCAGAGAGCAGCGUGAGGCCGAGGUCAUCCCUAGGGUCAUCAAGGCCCUUAACCUGGGCAUCGAUGUCCUGGACUCAGCCUUUGAGCAGCUGGAUGCUAACGUAGCGAACUCCGACUCGGAAGAGGAAGAUGCUACCUACAGAGCCGUUGUCGAGCCCAUUCUGGAACCAAAGGACUUGUACGCUCAUCGCGCCUUGCCAUACCUCAUUGGCAGCCCGGCCUUCAUGCAAGAUGAUAACGUCGGAGUGGCCGAUAUCACGGAGGAAGAAAUGAGUGAGGAAGGAUCCGUGAGUGGUUCAGAGAAGACAACAACAGAGUCUGAAUCAGAGUAUACUGACGAGACUGAAACUGAAUCUGAAACCGAGUCAGAUGUUACUACGAAAAAGAAACCAUCUCAAGUAGAAAGGGGCAAUUCUGAGUCAGAAAACGAUCUCUUUGAGGGAGAGAAGUCAUCAGAUGAAGAAGAGGAGGAAAAACCAAAGGGUGGAGCAUUCACCAAUGAGCUGGCAGCACGGAUUGGCGCAGCACCCUCGUCAAGGGUUGAUGAUGAGACCAAGCGGGAUCGGACGAUCUCAGAGGUCAGCGGAACGUCGACCUCUAGUAAGGGCAAGAAGAGGAAGAAGGGAACAGACAAAGACAAGGCCGGAAAGAGGAGGUCUGCAUCCAAGGCGAGCGCAGCCUCUCAUGAUGAAAAUAUGUUUGCCGAGCCGACCGCAGUCGCAGACGAGGAUGAAGAUUCACCGUUCAGCAAGAAGGGAGGCCUGUUCAGCAGCUCAGGAGGAGGACUGUUUGGAGAUGAUGACGAAGACAAAGAAGAUCAGGGGGGAUUAUUUGACGAAGCCCCCAAGCCACGGUCAGGCAGCCACAGAUCUAAAGAUGAUCACAUAUAUGAAGAUAUUAACCCUGAAGAGGAGGAGAAACCAACGACGAAGAGCGGCAAGAAGAUCCCCGCUGGUGCCGUGCCACUGUUUGCUGAACCGUCCGCCGAGGAUAACUUAUUUGGCAGCUCGCCAAAGUCCAACGAGGCAGGGGAAUCGUCCAGAAAGAAGAAACAGGAAGCCGCCAAGAAGGCACCCAAGGCAACCGAAGCAGCGGGAGGCGGCGGGGGAUUGUUUGACGACGACGAUUAUAGUGGUCUGUUCGCUGAACCUGCAAGUAAACCGGCUAAGAAAGAAGCUGCCAAGAAGUCAGUAGACCUGUUUGAUGAUGAAGAUGAUGGUGAACUGUUUGGAGGAGGCACCACUGAGAAACCUGCAGCUGCCGAGGCUCCGAGACAGAGAGCAGAUUCCAAGAAGAAGCGUCCAGCUGGUGCUGUGUCCAUGUUUGGCACCCUGGACCCGCUAGCCGCCAAGCGAGCAUCCGGGCACCAUGAUGAUGAAGAGGAGGAAGGACAUUACGAUAAACCAACCCCUCCACCGGUAGCCAAGAAAGAACCCAAGCCUGCACCGCAGAAGACAGGAGGGAUGUUUGAUGAGGAAGACGGAGACCUGUUUGCUGAGAAUGCCAAGAGUCAACCUGCCCCCAGCAAGUCUAAACCUCCCCUGUUUGGUGAUUCAGAGGGUGAGGAAGACGCACUGUUUGCUGACAAGGAGAACAUCAAAGUCCCCCCAGCUGCAAAGACUGCGCCUGCGAGCAAGCCUGACAUGAAGAAGAAGGCGUCCGGUGGUCUGUUUGACGACAUCGAGGGUGACGGGGAUGAUGACCUGUUUGGAGCGACCUCUAAACCAAAAGAAACGACUAAGAAGAAGCCAGUUGGAGGUGUGGCACUGUUUGGAGAUGCAGACAUGUUCAGCACGUCACCCAAGGCAGAAGAGCCAGAACCAGCUCCUGUUAAGAAGCGAGACAAGACUCCCAAAUCCAGAACAACCCUGAGUCUGUUUGACGAUGAGGAGCAGGACGAUCAGCUCUUUGGUGGUGCAGCAGAGGCCAAUAGCGAUGGACCAGUGACAAGGCACCGAACUAAGAGCAAGAGUGUGUUUGAUGACGAGGAUGUUCUCUUCAACAUCAAGGAAGAAGCGCCCCCUGUUGACCUGUUCGGGUCAACCAGCCCCGUCUCGGCUACCAAGCCCGAUUCAAACCUCGAUAAGCCGCGCUCUGCCUCCGGGGCCUCCAAGAGCCUCUUCAGCGACGAGGACGAGGACGAUCUCUUCGCCAAGGCCACGCCCAAGCCGGCCUCCAAGGCCCCGCCCGCCAAGAAGGCAGAGCCCGCAACCAAGCCCAGGGCCAGUUCCAAGGUGGAUCUGUUUGGCGAUGACGAUGAUGAUGAUGAAGAUUUAUUCGGGGGAGGCAGGACCAAACCCCCGCCCCUUGAGGUCAAGGCCAAACCGGCCACGCCCGAGGUCAAAGCAAAACCGGCCACGCCUGAGGUCAAGGCCAAACCGGCCACGCCCGAGGUCAAGGCAAAACCAGCCACGCCGGAAGUCAAAGCAAAGCCGGCGAAGAACAAGGAGGCUGUGGAUACUGGUGAUGUCCCUGCCCACAGUGACCCCUUGUUAGGGGAUCAAUCACCUCCCCCCGCUGCCACUAAACCCAAGAAGCCGGCCGGCGCGGUCUCCAUGUUCGGGGGCUCUGACCCCUCAGCAAUCACCAGACAGCUCUCCUCCGAGUACAGCAAGGAGGAAAAGAAGGAGGAAGAAGAGCCCAAGACGCAGGAUAAGCGCAACCGUACGCCAAGUGCGAGUUCCAUUUCGGAGAACAUCAGCCCCAAGCCGUUUUCGGCAGCGUCUUCCAAUAAGCCAGCCUCUGUCAUCCGCUCAGUCAAACCCCCCUUGGCUAAGGCUGGGGGAAAGAGAAUUAGCAUGUUACAGUCAAACAUAGUGAUAGACCCCACAGCAAUGAGGCCAGGGGCAUCCCCACCCUCCAGGGAGGUUGAGCCAGAGGGAGUGUCGUUCGACGAGCCGCCGAAACUCCAGACCCUCAGCAGCCUCAACAAGGGACGUGCCAAGGUUUCCACCAAGCGUCGUGCCCCCUCGCGCCGUCUCCGCACAGAGGGGGCGACCACGGCAAUCCCUGAAGCCCACGGCAGCAGUCCUGCUGGCCUGCUCAGUACCUCCCCUGAACCGCUACCCAAGGAGCGGUCACCACCUUCUGGCCUUCCAGACUUCACUUCCAACCCUCCAGUCUCGUCCAGUAAACCCAAAGAGAUAGACAUUCCCUCGUCAGAUGUGACUGACUUUAGUAGUCCGCUGGACUUCACGCCCAGCGGGAUAACGCUUCCUCCGACACCGUUGGAUGACGACAAGCCCAAGCCCAAGCCCAAAUCCAAGACCUCGGACAUGUUUGGGAAUGACGACCUCUUUGGUGACGUUCCCAAGGUAACCGUCUCAGCAAAAGCUGAUGAUGACGACCUCUUUGCCUCAGUACCCAAGAAAAGUGAAAAGACCAAAUCGCCGCUGGACAUUGACGAGGAUUUGUUUGGCUCCAAGCCCCAGGCGAUGGAGAAGAAGGCCCCCUCGGAUCCAAUCGGGGAGGAUCUUUUAGGAGAAGGCCCAGGGAGCAAGAAGCAAGGGAAGAAGUCGGGAAAGACGAAAGUGCCGGCCCUGGACGAUGAUGAUCUGUUCGGAACCGAUACAACCAAAAAGAAAGAAACCAAAGCGUCAUCUGCUCCCCUCCUUGAUGACGAUGACAGUCUGUUUGCAACGGCGUCCCCUGCCAAGACGAAAAAGAAGAAAGACACCAAGAAAGCCCAGGUGGACAACGAUGAAGAUGAUCUCUUCGCCACCAAAAAGCCAGCCGCCAAAAAGACCAAAUCCAAGAAGCCGGAUUCGGACCUGUUCAGCGACAGCACCAACAUCUUUGACGACAUUCCCAGCUCCAAGCCCAAGGAGAAGAAGAAAAAGAAGGAGUCGGCGCUCUUCACUGAUGCAGCAGAAGGCGAUAUCUUCGCUUCUCCAACAAGCUCCAAGCCCAAGAAGGCUAAAGCGAAGAAGAAGACAACGGAAAAGAAGCCCGUGACCGGAGACUCCAUUUUCGACGAGUCAGCUCCCAGCAUAUUUGACGACCCCCUGAAUGCCAUGGGGAAGUAAGAAAUGUAGAAACUUUAUCAUUUUAUGAAAAUGGAAAAUGAAAUAAACAAUUAGGCAUCUAAAUUUAACCCCUGACCUCCACUUGGAUAAUCAGCAGCAUAACUUGAAGGAGAGGGCAAGUUUCUCCUAACAGGAGACGCUUAGCGGAAAAUACCGCUUGCUAAAUUUUCUUGGUAAGCAAAAAUUAGCCGGGCACCCGCAACAAACAGUAUACAUCACAUGGCAUUUUAGCUGGUAACCCAUUUUGGUUAAGCGGGUAUUUUCUGUGCUAAGCAUUUUUGCGUGCCUAGCAGCUAGGUGAAAUUUGCCCCUGAAGGCUUCACACCCCUCAUUUUGAAUUUACAUUUUACAAAAGUUUGAAAACUCGAAACUCAGCCAAUCAUUGUUAUAUUUUUGGAGAACCCGAAUUGUUCCUAAAUUUCCUUUGUUAACCAUAUUAACCCCACUGGCAUUUGUGUAUGAUUUUUUUAUGUUCAAAAAUUCUGUUUCUUAGUGUAUUGGCCUUAAUUGUAAAGGUCUGGUAUCUGCCACUGAAAGAUAAUUCGUAAACAAAACAUAGAAUCUUGUAAAUGUAUUUUUUACUUUUUCCCCCAAACAUUUGGCAGUCAUUGUAUUUUUCAACACACGGUCAUCAUAUGACCAACAAGCAAAGGACGAAACCAAUCUUGGUUUGAAUUAAUUCAGUCAUUGUAAAAGUGUUGUUAUUUUGGCUUUGCAUAUCGUGGUUUUGAUUUAGCGAAAACACUGCUGAUCUUGUUAUCCAUUGUGCCAUUGUUAUGUGCCACAAAACACAUGACGAUGUGAUUUAGCAAACAAAUGUGACAAUGGGCUUGUUUUUGGCUUUUCAAAUUUCUGUCUUCUGUUCGUAUAUGGGCAAACUGUUAUAACUUUUUAUUAUUGGAGCGAGAUAUGCAAAACAUUAUGGACACAGGUCAGUAGUCCGAAUACAGACCCGUUCACGUAAUGGUGUCACGGAAAGUUGAUUGGGUUUUGCUUGGGCAAUGAUAUGCGCAGUUUAGUUUCUAGAUUACUGGGCCAGCAUGAUUUUUGUUACACAUUUUGAGCGAGAAAUGUAACUUGCACAUGGCAUUCGACAUGAUUCGUUGGCGUCUGUCACAUAAGUAUGUUCAAGGAUUUCAAACGGUUGGCUAACUAGGGUUAUUUUUGUAAUCGCUUGUUACAUAUCGAGUGAGACAAGUACAAAACAUCUGGCAGUGUCUUGCUGGGUGAUGGACCCUCUCCAAUGUCUGACAUUCCAACCUCUCAUGACAUACAUGUUCAGUGAUAGUUGACUGGCUGAUGUCUGCGUGGCAACUUCAUGCACAGUUGGUUUUCUGGGGCAGAUUAUGUCAUGAAUGAGCAAGAAGUGUGUCCAUUGCAUCAUCAAGCCGCAUAGACCCUUUGCAAGCGUGCCCUCACGGAGGGCAGAUUCAGUGACAAUGAAA